GUGUGAUGGUGGUGCAGUAUACUCGGGAACGGUAGAUGCAUAUCUCUAGGGCAUAUUUCACACAUGCCACAGCGUUCCUUCAGCAUGUUUGGUACCAUUCGCAGCUGGUGAAAGUGUGCACGCGACAGGAGGGAGAAAAUUAUCAGGAGUGCCUGUGGUCCCUGUAUUUUAAUACCUACUUAGGUACCUCGUACCUAGUAGUCUUUAUUGCCCCCUAGAGAAAUGAUGUCAAGGGCAGCCUAAGGGAGUGAAUUAAUACGAUCAAUACUGGGGCAGUUGCGUCAGAGACACCAACCGUGGCUUGUUCGUUCCUACAGCAAAAAAAACUGCCACCAAGUUUGGUUUCCUUGCACAACUUAUUCCCGUCCUUGUCCUCAUCAUUCCCUCUCCUCCUUUCCAACUUUCCACCAUCUUCCCAUUCUACAAUUAAUUCUUCUUCGAUCAUUUGGAUCAUCAUAGCCUUCAAUCUCCCAUUCUUGGCUGUCGUAUUCAUCAAACCUCCUUUCUCGAGCCUGUAGCUGUUCGCGUUUGAGCACAAAACCCACAGCCAGUCUCCCCUGUCCCACGACGCAAUGUCUCAAGGUGAUCUUCUCACUUCAGAGGAUCUUCCAACACACACCGACAUGUCGACUGUCGACAAGUCCCCGGCAGCAGCUCCUGCCACCAAUGGCACGCCGCUCAAAGACACCGUCGUGAGCAAUGCAGCGGCCGCCGUCAACACCGUGCAGAAUCACCCCAUCACCCAGAACAUUGUCAAUGGCCCGGUUGCAACAUCUGUCAAGAACGAGGCUGGUGCCACCGCUUCCGAGUUCAGUGAUCUGGCGAAUUCUCGUCGACCACCGUCCUACACUGCUGCCAACGAUACUCCCUUGACACACUAUCAUUCCUUCUUCUACACCCUGUUGAGUGUAAGUAAUGGCGGACCUUUUUUGGGGGGCACCACUGACAGUUUUCAGUGGAAGAACAAGAGAGCCACUGGCUUGACCUUUUUGUCUGCCGUCGCCUUCAUCUUCGCCUGCCGAUACCUCCCGAUCCUGCGCUAUGUGUUGAAGAUCACCUGGAUGACUCUUGGUGUGGUUACCCUGGCUGAGGCUUCCAGUAAAGCUCUGAUGGGCUCUGGCGUCGCAGGUGCGGUUCGACCUCGCCGUUACUACAAAAUCCCAAAGGAGACUCUCGAAUCCUCUCUCGAUGAUCUCGAAAAUCUUAUCAACUUUUUCGUCAUCGAGGGUCAACGCAUCGUCUUUGCUGAGAACAUUCCAGUCACAGCAACUGCCUUCUUCUCCGCUUUCUUGACCUACUACCUGAUCAAACUCCUUCCUUUCUGGGGUUUGUCUCUCUUCUUCACCUGCGUCGUAUUCCUAGGCCCAUUGAUCUAUGUCGAGAACAAGGAGGUCAUCGACGCUCAGCUUGAAUAUGCGGGAGAAGUCAUCGGCCAACAGACCAAUCAGAUCAAGGAUUUGACUGCUCAGCACACGAGCAGGGGUUUCGAGACAGUGAAGCAAUACACCGGUACCGCCACUGCUAAGGCCCAGGAGGCCAUUGGCAGUGCCAGACAGAGAAUCCCAUCUCCAACCACUGCCAAAUCUUCAAUCAAAGAAGGCGACUUCCCCUCCGCCCCAAAGACCGAGCUUCCUUCAACUUCAGUUGAUUACAAGCCAGAGACCGAGAGUAUGCCCAGCGCCCAGGCCAACUACGCGUAAAUAGCGGGCGCUCAAUGAUGAGCUGUUGAUGUUAGCGGUGAAUGAGGCAUGAUAGGUCAUGACAGUAGGACACGAACCUUGACAACUGCGCGAAGAGCACUCAGAAGUUCAAAUAGGAAGAAUGAUAUCUGUGUUUGUGCGCAGGUUUUGCGGCUGGGAGAUCUGCAGAGAGCGAGGCGCAGAAGGAGGUCGCUUGGAGAAGUCAGAGAUUGGUAGAGGCUUCAUCAAAGAAUGUAUCGGGACGAGGAGCGGAUUCUUUGACGCCUUCCUAGGCUCCGGGGAAGGUGACGGCAAAGGAGAAUAAUGCUCUUGAAUUUUUAUUUUUUUAUUUUUGUAUUGUAAACAAACGAGUAUGAUUCUGGGCAGUCGAGAAAUAACAUCCUUAUUGGCUUAGUGGAUCAA